CCACACACUGUUCGGAUUAUCAGUAACGACGCAUAUAAUUGGCCCGUCUUGAGUUCGUGUAUCCAAUCAAACUCCAGUUUGCUGUUACCAGGAAGCAGAAGACGCGGUAGAGAAAUCUCUUGAACUGAAAAGCUACUUGAGAAAGGCUUUUAGAUUAAUGGAAAGGAAAUAUUAUUAUUUACGGGGAAAUAUGCUUGUCGAACAUUAACAUAAGUUACGUUUUUCACUUAGCAUGCAACUGUCGGUCUCAGCGUAGCAGAGCUUACGUUAGCAGCGAGAUCUUACACGUCAAAGUUCCAGUUCGCUAAUGUAGCUAGUGUUGGAGCUAAAUCCUGCUCCAUUAUCAGAUAGCUAGCUAACCCACCUAGCUAGAUGAAUUUUUUUUAAGCCAUUAUUGCUUAACAGUGUUAGAAAUGUCGGUCGUAAACUUAUAUUUGACCAAUUUCACCGAUAACUGUGAUUGUAGGUGUAAACUAUAGACAGUUAAAGGCGUAAACUAACGUUACUUUGAAACGUUGCUUAUCAAAAUGGCAAGCACCGUGGUGGGAGUCGGCACCGGUGUUUUCGUUAUUGCUAUCGUUUGGAUUGCAGCGCUUGUGUUUGGGAUAAUGCUACUGAGAGCAUCUGGAGCUGCAAAGUUAGGCGUUAUCCCCACUGUUUUUCUGGCUCUCACCAUCACUUUAGCGCUGGUGUUUUUCCCACGCAGCCCAGAAACCACUCCCCCUUUCAAAGAGAUAGAGAUAGUGGACACUUUGUUCAUCGGCCGCUAUAUACUGCUGGCGGUGGCGGCUGUAGUCUUUCUAGUGAUGUUCUUCAUGCUGCUCCCCUUUCAUUUCCUGGAGCCAGUGCAUGCCAAGGCCUUAAGAACACACUAGAGCUGCCGGAGGGAUCACACCGCUGAUGGACACAACUUAAGACAAGCAGGGCUGAGCGGAGCCCCCUCCCCCCCAC